AUGAGCAGUGUGGUAAGGAAGUCUGCGCCAGUGGUCGUGAGGCCAUCAAAGACACUGCCGUCAAGCAGUGCCAUAAACCUGUCAUCCUUUGACAAGUGCUUCGUUAGGGUUCCAACCACAGUGUUGCUCGUGUUCGAACACCCGAUCCACGAACCAGCUGAAACAAUAAAGAGUGCACUGUCCGAGGCGCUAGUCCACUACUACCCAAUUUCUGGCCGUAUCACUGCAAGCGCCGACGAUGCCGACGAGUCCCACAUCCAGUGCACCGGUGAGGGCGUCGCAUUCGUCGCCGCUUCCGCCAGUUGUGCCUUUAAGGAAGUCGAGUUCUUCGACCCAUCGUCGUCUAGACCAAAGGCGCUAGUAAACGAGCUCGUCAGCCACUACCCACCCGAGGGUUGUGGCCCCACUGACCCAUUGCUGCUUAUGCAGGUGACGGAGUUCUCCUGUGGCGGAUUCAUCGUCGGGGUGGUAUGGAACCAUGCCGUCGCCGACGGCGUCGGCAUCGCCCAAUUCUUGCAAGCUCUCGGCGAGCUUGCCCGAGGGCAAUCAUCACCGUCAGUCGUUCCAGUCAGGUGGGACGGCUCCCUCCCGAGAAUUCCCCGAGCCAUCGUUGCCACGCGACAGCUCAUGGUGAGCGUCGAGCCAUUGGACGACGUUGCCUUCAUCGACAUCACCGUCCCGUCGAGCUUGAUCAGCUACAUCAGAGCUGAAUUCCAGCGACACUCCAACUCCAACGGCCAUGGCCAGCCGUGUACCUUCUUCGAGGCUGUCACCGCUGUGCUAUGGCAGUGCCGUACUCGCGCGAUCAUCACCAACCCCAACGCCCCUGCUUUGCUUUCGUUUGCGGCUGACGUGCGCAAGCUCGUGGGCGCCAGGGAAGGCUACUACGGCAACUGCUCCACUGGGCCCCUAGCCGUGGCGACGAGCGGUGCGGUGGCGAACGGAGACAUCGUGGAAGUAGUCAAGAUGAUCAGACAAGCCAAGGAUCAAGUGUCGGAACAGUUCAAGAAGAAUAAUGAACAUGGCGAUCAGGUUCAGGUAAUGGAUGAGAAGCUGUUCUACCAGAUCCGAUACAACAUGUUUAUUGUGUCGUCCUGGAAAACACUAGGGCUCGACAAGGCUGAUUUUGGGGGCGGGACGCCGGCGCGGGUGAUGUGCUACGAGCAACGGAUGCCGCGCUAUCCGAUAUGCAUUACGUCCCUACCGUGUAGAGGAAAGGAUGGAGCCAGUGUGUUCGCAGCCUGCGUGAAGGAGGAGCACGCCGACGCCUUCCUUAAGGAGUUAGCAACAUUCAUCUGA